CAGGGCCGGGCCUGCCCCACCUGCGGCGCCGGGCGGUUCUGCUCAGGGUGCGGCGUCCAGGUCUGGCAGGUCAACAUCCUGAACUUCUGCACGCCGGCCCAGGAUGGCGCAUGCCCAUGCAGCCCAGCGGCGAGAUGGCGGUCCAGGCCAUGGCUGGAAUGACCAUGCCGUCCGACCAGUCGGAGAGCUUCGAGCACGAGAGCCAGAUGCAGUUCUCUUGGGGGCCGGUGCAGCACCAGCACCCCCAGGUGAUGUUCUGCGCGAGCCCCAAGACGGCGGGCAAGGCGCAGACGGCGGGCCUGGUCCCCGUGCAGUUUCCGGCGAUGCAGCAGGCUUCGCCUGGUGGCGCGGCUGGGGGGGCUACGCAGCCUGGGCAGAUGGGCAUGAUGCAGGCCUACAUGGUCCCGGCGGGUAUGGUCCCCGCCUGGUGCGGGCUCUAAGCCAGCGGCGAGCCGCCCCGCCGCCCGGACCGUGCUGCGAGCUGCUUCCCCCGCGGGGCGACAUGGGCCCGCUGCCCACCAGGCCGGCGGCCUCCGAGCUGCUCCUCCGCCCUCCCUUUUCCACUGCCUCCGCUCCCCGUCAACCCUCCCUCCCUCCUUCCCCUGCACCGCCCGGAGCCAGCGGCGGGCCCCCUCGCAGGAGAGGCGCUCUCGCCGGCUGCGCCGCCGGCGCCCACGAUCUCGCAGCGCCCCCCCGCCCUUCCUCGGAGGCCCAGAGGCUGACACCAACACCGAUGUCGGCGGUGCGCCUCCACCGAAGGAAGGGGAACCCGACUUCGGUGAUGCAGGCAGUCUUUGGGCUUCCUAUGGCCGACA